AUGUUCGGAGAUCUCAUUCCCUCCAUCACCAGCGUCAGGAGAAGGCCCCUAUUCCACACCCAGAAGGUUCUCUUUGCGAGUUAUACUAACGCGUGUACACAUCGAUUCGCUUACUACCGGUUCCACAAGCGAGUGGGCAAGGGAUCAUGGAGCAAGUACGUCGAAAGGUUCAAACCCCCAAGGAGUAUCGAAAACACACAGAGACUCAUUUUCAACUAUGAGCCCACGUAUUCAGAAAAAAAAGCGUCCUGCAGCUGGCAGUGGCUGCUCCCCAAAAAAAUCGCGCAAGCCACAACAUCAGACGAGGUUUUAAAUGUCUGGGUGUACUAUCGACACAAGAGAAAAAAAUCGUAUCAUUAUUUAAAGGUUCUGAAGAGGUUAGUCGACGUGGGGACCUGUUCCACCAACGAUUGGAGAUUCAAAUUAAUCACCUCCAGAGUACAGAACAAAAUUAAUACCUUUCUGAAUCUCCCUAGAAUAUGCUACUAUUAUGGAAGAUUAAAAGCCACAGCUCAGUUAGAAGGUAUGACUAAAAUGAUAAGCCAUCGAUUAAAUUGCUAUCUUCCUCAUCAGUUGAUUUUAAUUUUGCGAAGUUUUGCCCUUUGUGAGCUGCAAGACAAGGAACUGUUCUGCAGAAUUAGGGACCAGCUGAAACCCCACGUGCGCACACUCUCAUUUUCGCAAUUGUCUGUAAUCGCGCAGAGCUAUGCGUCCUGCAUGAUUCACGACUUUCUGUUCCUCAGUGUAGUGGCGGAUGAGGUUAUGCUUAGGAUUAAGCUGUGCAACGAGCGGAGCGGAGGCCGACUCGGCGAGUACAAUGCGGGGGAAGAAUCGUGGGCAGAAUCGGCGAUAGAAUCAUUCGUAGCAGACACUGCUGCUGUCGGGGAAGAAGCCCCUCUAGUGCGCGGCCUCGCCGCGGACAACAGCCUCGUGCAGCACAAGCGGGGGCAAUUCUGCUACUACCCCCAAAUGGAGAGCCUAGUCGACAUAGCGGUCUCCUUCGCAAGCCUCAAAUUCCAAAACUACCUCUUCUUUGACUACGUCAGCAGACUCACCAUGUACAUGCUGAAAGAUCCACACAGGAACGUCCUGAAUCCCUACCUCCUAGAGAAAAUUGCCACCUCAUUUUGUAAAUUAAAAAUAAACGACGUAAUCCUAUUUGAGCACAUUCUCAGACAUGUAGCGAUAUACACGUAUGAUUACCCUCCCGGAGUUCUUUGCACACUCGGGUAUCUCUUCUCGUCCACACUACCACAACACUACGGAGCAAUCAACAGGAUUUACAAAAAAAUGAUGCCACACAUAUAUCAAAAUGCAUCCAUUUUAAACAUGGAUACCUUAACCAAGUUCUCUUCCUUUGUACAUAAAGGGACGACAAAUAGGAGCACCAAAAAGGAGUUCCUAUUUCGAGUAAACGACGUUGUCAAGAAGGCAGAAAAUAGAUAUUCCAAAAUGAUGUAUGAUGUUCCUAGGUUGUUGGAGAUUCUCUCGUUUCAUGAAUUGCUGGAUCAGGAUUCUUUUCAAAUUAUGUGCAAACAUAUGCACGGGAAUAUUAAGUACUUCGAGCCAUGUGACUUUAACAGAGCUGCCAGAGCGCUGAACCAUGCCAAGAGAAAAUUCAAUUUCGAGGAUGACAGGAUCGCAAACGCUCUUGCAAGGAAUGUCAUUAAGCAACAUGAUCUGUUUCAUAUUAUCGACUACCACCAAUUUUGUAAGGCCAUUUUAAACACAACUGGAUUGAAGGACACAUACAAGAUUUCCUUGGUCAAGUAUCACAACAGUGUUCCUUUUUUUGGCUUUAAUGAAUUAACACUGGACGGUGAGGUGCCCAUCCAGGAAAAAAAAAGCACACACAGAUAUAGGAAGGGUACCAUCCGUUUUGCUAACAAGAGAUUUGAGCAGGAGUAUCCCCUCCAUAGGGCACUGGCUGACACGUAG